CUUUUCCUCACGCAGUCUUUUUCCCUGGCCACAAAACAACCGUGAGUGUCUAACUCACUGUUCUAGGAAAAACUUAAAAUAAAAAUAAUAUAAAAAAUAUAAAAUCCACAAAAUCUUCAUAAAAACAAGCACCGUAAUACGUAAAGAAAAUACAAACGUUAAAAAAAUAGCAAAAAUUAAUAAAAAGAAAAAUACAAAUAGGAGGCCUCGGGCUUUACCGAAGUUGGCGUCUUUAAAGGAAGAAACACUUCAGGAGGCAUCGAUUUUAUAUCGUGAUUUUUCUGGUUGACAUUUUUUCCCAACAAGCUGGACCACAGAGCCAACUGUCAGUGUCUGUAUUUGGUGAGGAUUGAAGGGCAGUUUGGACCCGGAAUACAGUUCAUACCGGCAUUUUUUUUUUUUUUCCCCCUGGUGUUUUUGAGGGAGGCUUUGCAUUCAAUUUUGUGAAGUCCGAGAUAUGAACACUGCAGCGACAGGGAGUUAUCCGAUGGCUUCUCUCUACGUUGGCGACCUGCACCCCGAUAUCACGGAGGCUAUGCUGUAUGAGAAAUUCAGCCCAGCCGGACCAGUUCUCUCCAUUCGGGUAUGCCGAGACAUGAUUACCCGGCGAUCUCUGGGAUACGCUUAUGUGAACUUCUCCCAACCCGCUGACGCUGAGCGAGCCUUGGACACCAUGAACUUUGACGUGGUGAAAGGGAAGCCAAUCAGAAUCAUGUGGUCCCAAAGAGAUCCCUCCCUCAGGAAGUCUGGAGUGGGCAACGUGUUCAUCAAGAACCUUGACAAGUCUAUUGACAACAAAGCCCUGUACGACACCUUCUCUGCCUUUGGCAACAUCCUCUCCUGCAAGGUGGUGUGUGAUGAAAAUGGCUCCAAGGGCUACGCUUUUGUCCACUUUGAGACCCAGGAUGCUGCUGACCGUGCCAUUGAGAAGAUGAACGGCAUGCUUCUGAAUGACCGCAAGGUGUUUGUGGGUCGUUUCAAAUCUCGCAAGGAACGGGAGGCUGAACUUGGUGCGAAAGCCAAGGAGUUUACCAAUGUCUACAUCAAGAACUUCGGGGAUGAUAUGGAUGAUGAUCGGCUGAAGGAGCUUUUUGACAAAUAUGGUAAAACACUCAGUGUGAAGGUGAUGACAGACCCCACCGGCAAAUCCAGAGGCUUUGGAUUCGUUAGUUACGAGAAACAUGAAGACGCUAACAAGGCUGUAGAGGACAUGAAUGGCACCGAACUCAACGGCAAGACUGUGUUUGUGGGCCGGGCUCAGAAGAAGAUGGAGCGGCAGGCAGAGCUGAAGAGGAAGUUUGAGCUGCUGAAACAAGAGAGGAUCAGUCGUUAUCAGGGUGUUAAUCUUUACAUUAAGAACCUGGAUGACACCAUAGACGAUGAGAAACUGCGUAAGGAGUUCUCUCCAUUCGGAUCUAUUACAAGUGCUAAGGUGAUGCUAGAGGAGGGUCGCUCCAAGGGCUUUGGCUUUGUCUGCUUCUCCUCCCCCGAAGAGGCUACCAAGGCCGUGACUGAGAUGAAUGGACGUAUUGUUGGCUCCAAACCCCUCUACGUGGCUCUCGCUCAGCGCAAAGAGGAGCGCAAAGCCCACCUCACCAACCAGUACAUGCAGCGUAUUGCUGGCAUGAGGGCCAUGCCGGCUAACGCCAUCAUUAAUCAGUUCCAGCCCACCAGUGGCUACUUCAUGCCAGCUGUGCCACAGGCCCAGAAUAGGACUACAUACUAUGCCCCCAAUCAGCUGGCCCAAAUGCGACCCAACCCCCGAUGGCAGCAACAAGGUGGCAGAGGUCAAGGUGGUUUCCAAGGGAUACCCGGCUCGCUGCGUCAGCCAGGACCCCGUGCCAACCUGAGACACAUGACUCCUAAUAGCGGCACACAGGGCCCACGAGCUACUGGCCAGAACAUGGGUCCUCGUCCCUCAAUGGGAGUCCCCGGCCCCCGUGCCAUGCCUCCUUACAAAUAUGCCACUGGUGUCCGUAACCCCAACCCCCAGGUGGUGCAGCCUAUUGCCUUACAGCAGGCUCAGCCAGCUGUGCACGUCCAGGGCCAGGAGCCUCUCACAGCCUCCAUGCUGGCUGCUGCGCCCCCUCAGGAGCAGAAACAGAUGCUAGGUGAGCGUCUUUUCCCGCUGAUUCAGGCCAUGCAUGCCAACCUGGCAGGAAAGAUCACUGGCAUGCUGCUGGAGAUUGACAACUCUGAACUGCUUCAUAUGCUGGAGUCUCAUGAAUCUCUGCGUUCAAAGGUGGAAGAAGCCGUCGCCGUGCUACAAGCCCACCAGGCAAAAAAAGACGCCACUCAGAAAGUGGGCACCAUGGCUACUACUGCUGCUACUGCCACAUCCUAAAGACUGCGUGCUGUAUUAAAUUGGGAACAGAAAAAUUAGCAGAGAUGGGGAGAGACACACUACACUGACUCCAAACGCCUGACUCCUCAACAAUUAUGCAAAAAUUAAGAGAGAAAAAAGAAAAUGUCAUUUUAAAAAUAUACUUGAACAUUUUGAAAAAUGUUACAAUUCCUAAUUUUCUAGUUCUGUAAUACUUUUAAACUGCAUACCAAAACCAAUGCAAAUAAAUCUUGAAUGAAGGCCCUUCAUUUUGUGGCAAAGGAGAGAAACCUUUUUCUAAACGGAAAAUGAGCCUUGUUCUUUUUCUUUGCUUGAAGGUUUUAUGUUUGAUUUGAAAUGAUGGACUCCUCCAUCCUAUCAUGUUAUCAUGGGUGUGUGGUAUUCUCAAUAAAGGGAUGAUAUAUCAAGGUUA